GGCUGUACCGCAGAGAAGCCGCACGGGCUGUACAGCAGAGAAGCCGCACGGGCCGUACCGCAGAGAAGCCGCACGGGCCGUACCGCAGAGAAGCCGCACGGGCUGUACCGCAGAGACGCAUCUAGCAGUGAGACGAUGCAUCUCUUGUGGUCAUUGUGCUGCCUCCUCAGUGUGGACUAUGCCGCUCUGCACUUACUAAAGCUAAGUCUGACUUUGUAUUUGCCGAUUAAUCUCCUCCUGGUUUGGGUAACAGGCCUGGCAAGACUGGUUGUUUUGACACUCGGUGUUCGUGCAGUGAACCGCGUAUCAAAAUUGCCACGCUGGUUACAAGGAGAGCCCUUACUGGUGUCCUCUGCCGCCCUCAGCCUGCUGGUACCAUCCUGUGCCACCUUCACCGCCCUCCUAUUACCACGGACCAGCGCUGAGCUCCUGCACAGAUGGGCACACGGAGACCUCUUCAUCUUCUCUUACCUGAUCACGUUGACUUCUGCAGUCGUCUGGCACCAGCUGUUUCUCAGUGAUGAAGAUGAGGAAGACGAGGAAGAAUCAUCAGCUUCUGUGUGGAGAUUACUUGCCCUCCUUAAACCAUAUGGAUGGAGGUUCCUGUGGGUGUCUGUGUUUUUGGUGCUGUCUUCUUGGAGUGAAAUGGCUUUACCAGCCUACACAGGAAAGAUGACAGACUGGAUCCAGGAAAAGAAAGACCCCUCCAUAUUUUGGAACUCCAUAAUAGCAAUAAGUCUGAUCACAUUGUCUAGUGCCGUGACAGAAUUUAUAUGUGAUUGCAUCUACAAUAUCACCAUGAGCUUGGUUCACACCCAGACCCAGGGAAAGCUUCUCCACGCCAUCCUGAGGCAGGACAUCACUUUCUUCGAUACUGUGUCCACAGGUGACAUCACAUCCCGCAUCACUACGGACAUCACAGCGAUGAGCGAAGCGCUCAGCCACAAUCUCAGCUUAUUGAUGUGGUAUUUUAUGAGACUGGUAUUCCUAGUCUUUUACAUGUUGAGCCUGUCCACAAAGCUAACACUCUUCACUAUGCUAUGUCUCUUAGUAACAACAAUUGUUCCAAAACUAUCUGGAGCCUUUUACCAGAAUUUGGCUAUGAAGGUACAGAAAUCCCUGUCGGAAGCCAAUCAGGUGGCAUUAGAGAUCUUCUCCAACAUGAAGACAGUACGGAGCUUUGCUAAUGAAGAAGGUGAAUGUCAACGCUACGAAACAAAACUGGAACACACUUAUGAACUAAACAAGAUGGAAGCCGUGGCCUAUGGGUGUACCUCAGUGGCCAACAGUCUGUCUGGGCUUGUGAUCAAGGUGGUCAUUCUCUACUUUGGCGGCCGAUUAGUAACGAACGGUGAAGUCAGUGGAGGUGAACUGGUGUCGUUUGUUCUGUACGAGCUGCAGUUUACAUCUGCUGUGGAGGUGUUGCAGCAUAUGUAUCCAGAUGUCCGAAAAGCAGUAGGGUCUUCAGAAAAAGUGUUUGAAUUUAUGGACAGAACUCCACAGUUGCCACCUCCAGGGAAUCUCAAGCCAACUCAUCUCAGGGGGCACGUCCAAUUUAAGAAUGUCUCAUUUUCCUAUCCGAAACGACCAGACACCCCAGCCCUCCAGGAUGUCUCUUUUGAGCUACAUGAAGGACAAGUGACGGCUUUGGUCGGUGCUUGUGAUGCGGGAAAAUCCACUGUGGUCCAGUUACUGCUCAAGUUUUAUCAACCACAAAAAGGACAAGUCCUCCUGGAUGGGAAGCCAUUGUCUGAUUAUGACAAUGAGUAUUACCGCAAAGAGGUGUCCGUAGUGAGUCAGGAGCCCGUCCUUACUGCGAGGUCCUUGAAGGACAAUAUCUCCUAUGGUUUGGGGAAAACUGCUCUGGCUUCUGUGAGGGAUGUGGCAGCAGCGGCAUGUGCAGAUGAUUUUAUCUCUGGCUUGGCAGAUGGAUAUAACACAGGUGCCGGACAGAAAGGUGGACUUCUGUCUGGGGGUCAGAAGCAAAGAGUGGCUCUAGCGCGGGCUCUGCUGAGGGAUCCCAAGAUCCUGAUUUUGGAUGAUGUCAGCAGCUCUCUGGACACUGAAACUGAACUCAAGAUUCAAAGCACAGUGUACGGCAACACAAAGAAACGCACGGUGCUGCUUAUAUCCCACCGGAUGAACAUCGUGAAGGAGGCCGAUCACAUUCUGGUUCUGGAAGGCGGCCAGAUCAGGGAGUCGGGCAAACAUGAAGAGUUACUGGCUAAGAGGGGCGUCUACUGGAAGAGCUGGGAGAAGCAACGUAGCACUUUCUAUAGGGAGAAUGGAGAAAUGUAACAGGAGCGAACAUAAUGUAUCCCACGUUAUUUAGCGCAUUGGCGCGACCUCAGUAACUGAACCAUAUGUAUUUGAUGGCCGACUCUGCAAGUACAUCAAACUGAACAUUGUGACUCCUCUAGGGUAGGGUCACAGCUACGUAUUCAGCUACGUAUUUGCUGCUGCAUAUUUUCCUACCCAUCAAAGUCAAUGGUUAGCAAAAUCAGCUUCAGAAAAUGAGCAGCAAAAUACGGCACAUGUGACCCUGCCCUUAUAGUGGAAACUGUAUAUAGAAGAGGUGGUUGUGAAGACAUUUGGCCCUAUGCACUGAAUCCUAUGGAGACAGCAAGGCCAGGGAGAACUUCUACUCAUGUGCUGCACGUUGACUUUUUAGAAGGCUAAGUGUACUACCGUAUUUUUCGCCGUAUAAGACGCACUUUUUCUUCCCCAAAACUGGGGGGAAAAAGUCGGUGCGUCUUAUACGGCGAAUACACCCCUAUCGUGGCGGUCCCUGCGGCCAUCAACGGCCGGGACCCGCGGCUAAUACAGGACAUCACCGAUCGCGGUGAUGCCCUGUAUUAACCCUUCAGACGCGGCGAUCAAAGCUGACCGCUGCGUCUGAAGGGAAAGUGACACUAACCCGGCUGUUCAGUCGGGCUGUUCGGGACCGCCGCGACUGAACAGCCCGACUGAAUAGCCGGGUUAGUGCUUACAGGACACCGGGGGGGACCUUACCUGCCUCCUCGGUGUCUUCUCUGUUCAGGGAUCCCCUGUAUGGCCGGCGCUCUCCUUCCUCGUCAUCACGUCGUCGCGUACGUGCGUCGGCGUGCGUAACGACGUGAUGGCGGCGACGGAGAGCGAGGAUACCCGGCCGGCAGCAGAGACAGCGAUGGAGCGACAUCCAGGGCAGCGGUGACGGGCCCGGAGCAGCGGGGACACGUGAGUAUUACCUCCUCCUGCAGUGGUCCGCAGGUUGAAGACCACUAUUGGGUUCAAAAUCUAAAUUUUUUUGAUUUUGCCCCUAAAAAUUGGGUGCGUCUUAUACGCCGAUGCGUCCUGUAGGACGAAAAAUACGGUAAUUACCCAAAUGUCCCCAAAACACCACAAAUGCUACACUGUAUUUUUUUUUUUUAAGGAAACGCCACAUACAGAUGUUAGUUGCGCGUCAAUAGGGAUUUAUGAAACGCAAUACCCACCUAAUAUUUAUGUCUUUGGCGUUUUUUCACUCCUCUUUGGCUUGGACAAUUUUCACAAUCCCAGCAUGAUUAGACUGUCGGUUUUUUAACACCAAACGUUGUUUUUUUUUCUGGUGCUUUUAUGUCUUUUUUUUAUUUUUUGGUAAAAAAAGAAAAGAGGGUGGACAAUAAGAAGAGGAGAAUUGAGAAAAAGGAGAAAAAUGCAGUUUCUACACAAAGGCAAAAAUGUGAAAAAAGCCGUUGCAGUUUUCUGGUGUUUUUUCCAACAAUUUGUUUUUUUUUGGAGAAAAAAACGCUGGCAAAAAAAAAAAAAGUGAAAACUUAGCCUAAUGCAUGUUAACCAGUAUUUGCUUUGUAUAUAUAUAACACACAGGACAGAUGAAACAGACACCUUUGUUAAUUUUUUUCUCUACUAUAAUUCUCCUGGCAUAGAAUUUCGCGUUCUCUUAUUGACUUUUGUUUUUGUUUUUUAGGGUAAUAAAGAAUAGUCAAUGAAAUUGUGUGUAUAUUUUUCAGAAAAGAAUCUAAAGCUUUCUAAUAUACUUUGGCCCUUAUCACAACAACCAAUCACAGCUCAGCUUUCACUUUACUGGAGAUUUUUAAGAUGCGAAAGCUGAGCUGUGAUUUGUUGUUAUGGGCAAAUCUCUCGGGUUUUUCUCUUACCGUUCGAUAAAUCUGUGCCUAUGUGUUUUCAUUCCUCACUUUUUUCAAAUUACCGGUAAUAGUUUGCUGUCAGUGAAUUAAAAAUUCUUGUUCCCUUGUUAAAAAAAAAAUGCAUGUUUUUCAUGUGUUUUUAUUUUUUAUACAUGAAAAAGAAGUGAGGUCACAUUAUGUUGAGGUUCCACCUGUAACCAGCGUGGGUUUUUUCCAUUGGGUUCAAAAGAAGAGCUCAAAAACCAUUUUAAUUUACAGAGGUUUUUGUGCAUGGUUUUUGGUCUGGAACUAUGUAAAAAAAAAAGCAAACCAAAAAUCACAUCUGUUUUUUGAGACCUCAUCCGGCUGUGCGGUAAAAUUCUGCUCCAAAAAACUAUCAAAAAA